CUAAAUAGGUGAAUAAAAUCCUAUAAUAUUUAAUUUUCACAAAUUUUUUAUAAAAUGAGAAUGAGAAUAAUCUCUUGGAAGCAAUAAAGACACACAACAAGAACACCAUCCCUUAGAAUCUCUCUCUUAUUAUUGCUUCCUUAAAUUAAAUUGUAUAACAUAGUAGUCACUUCUUGGUCUCUCUGUACUUCUUCUCUGCAUUCUCAGUACUUUCAUUACAACAAUGAAGUACUUAAGAACCAACUCCUUAAAGAGACUCUUUUCUCUUAAAAGACAUAUCCUUGAAGAAAAUUUCAGCAUUGAAGAAGAAAAACAACAAGAUAAUGCCACUAAACCAGCUUGGAGAUGUUUCUCUUAUGAAGAAAUCUUUGAAGCAACCAAUGGUUUUUGCCCAGAUAACUUGGUUGGAAAAGGAGGGUAUGCAGAGGUAUACAAAGGAGAGGCAAAAGGUGGAGAAAAAAUAGCAGUAAAAAGGCUAACAAAAGCUUGUAAUGAUGAGAGAAAAGAAAAGGAAUUUCUUACAGAAAUUGGAACAAUUGGACAUGUUUGUCAUCCCAAUGUUUUGUCUUUGUUAGGCUGUUGUCUUGACAAUGGACUUUAUCUCAUCUUCAACCUCUCCUCUACAGGCUCUGUUGCUUCACUUCUACAUGAUGAGAAAUUGCCUGUAAUGGAUUGGAAAAUAAGAUACAAAGUUGGCAUUGGGACAGCUAGAGGGCUACAUUACUUGCAUAAAGGAUGUCAAAGAAGGAUUAUUCAUAGAGAUAUUAAAUCUUCAAAUAUUUUAUUGACACCUGAUUUUGAACCAUUGAUUUCUGAUUUUGGGUUGGCAAAAUGGCUUCCGUCUCAAUGGACUCAUCAUUCCAUAGCUCCAAUUGAAGGAACAUUUGGGCAUUUAGCACCAGAGUACUAUAUGCAUGGAAUAGUGGACGAGAAAACAGAUAUAUUUGCAUUUGGGGUAUUUCUACUAGAACUCAUAUCUGGCAGAAAACCUGUGGAUGGGUCACACCAAAGCAUACACAGCUGGGCUAAACCAAUACUUAAUAAAGGAGAAAUAGAAAAGCUAAUAGAUCCAAGGCUUGGAGGGGCCUAUGAUGCCACUCAAUUUCAAAGACUUGCCUUUGCUGCCUCUCUUUGUAUCCGAGCAUCUUCUACGUGGCGCCCCACUGCCAGUCAGGUUCUAGAAGUGAUUCAAGAAGAUGAAAUUGAUAAAGAAAAAUGGAAGAUGCCAAAGGAAGAAGAGCAAGAAGAAUUUUGGGGAUUUGAAGAUUUAGAAUAUGAAUUUGAUGAUUAUGAUACUUCCUUCUCAAUUUCUCCACAAGAUUCAACAUCUACAACCAGUUCUUUAACCAUCUUGCAUUAGGGUUUGAUCGUACCUAUUAGCUAUUUUGUAAAUAAUUAUAGGUCGAAUCGUGCAUGGGUCCUGACACUCGAGCCUUGGUUUUAAACAAUAUUUUUAUAAUGCAAUUUUCUAUAACAUGCA